AUGGCUUGGCAGAACAAACAAAAUCGAUUACUGUUUCUCUUUGAAUAUACAACAGUCAGAUAUGUGGGCACGCAAAAUAAGAAAAUCGGACUUCUGUACAGAAUAUUUCAACUCACUAUCAUGGGAUAUCUCAUUGGAUGGGUAUUUUUGAAAAACAAAGGAUACCAGGUAAAAGAUGAUACUCUCGAGAGUUCUGUGGUAACUAAAGUUAAAGGAGUUGCACGUGUCAACACAACAGAUUCAAAUUUGUGGGGACCAGAGGACUAUGUUUUCCCCAACCAGGGUGAGACCUUUCUUUCUAUAGCAACCAAUUUCAUCGAGACACCAAACCAAAAAUUAGGCAACUGUUCAGAGAACCCAGAAGUACUAAAUAACACAUGCUCUAAGGAUGAAGACUGCACAGUGGGAGAGGCUGUUAGGGCUGGAAACGGAAUUAAAACUGGCAUUUGUUUGGAAACACACAAUGGCACUUGUGAAAUAUAUGGCUGGUGUCCCACUGAAAUACACAGGGAUCCAGACCCAGCCACCAUUGUGAGAGAAGCUGAAAACUUCACUUUGUACAUAAGAAACUUCAUCAGAUUUUCCCAGUUCAACUUCUCAGCAUCAAAUGUUCCAAAGGAAAACAGAUCAUUGUAUUUAAAAAACUGCUUGUAUGAUGAAACUGUUUGCCCAUACUGUCCUAUAUUUCGCCUGGGAGAUAUUGUGAACAAAACUGGAAAUAAGUUUGAAGAAAUGGCUCUAAAGGGUGGUUCAAUUGGGGUUCUGAUUGAGUGGCUCUGUGACCUUGAUGCAGACUCAGACUGUCGUCCUCACUACAGCUUUGUACGUCUGGGCAAAUUGUCAGAAAAAAUCGGAUUUGACUUCAGUUGUGUCAUCAGCAAACUUGAUGAUGUGGUUGGAGCUGAACUUGGCAGUGCAGUCGUGGGUCAGCAGUUUGAAGAGCAGCGGGCUGAGCAUACAGCCCUGUGGGGCACCUGUGCUCAGUGUGGUAGUGCUGGAGGGGUUGAGAAUGUUGUUAUGCUCAGUAUUGCCAUUAAUUGUCUUCUCAGGUUUGCUCGCUAUUUCACUGCUGCAGGACAGAGGCGAAGAACAUUUUACAAAGUUUUUGGAAUUCAUUUGGAAAUCAUGGUGUUUGGAAUGGCAAGAAAAUUUAGUAUUAUUCCUACGAUUGUCAACAUAGCCUCUGCUCUGACUUUAAUGGCUGCUGGUUCUUACAUCUGUGACAUUAUGCUACUGUACGUGAUGAAGAAGAGGAGUGUUUACACAGAGUCGAAGCUUGAGAGAAUGACAACGUAUGUAACAGAAGCAUGUUUGCUAGAAAUGCUACUGUGCUGUGUACUUUGAUUUAAGAAUAAAUAUAA